AUGGAGAUCCGGCAGCACGAGUGGCUCUCGGCCUCCCCCCACGAGGGCUUCGAGCAGAUGAGGCUCAAAAGCCGCCCCAAGGAGCCCUCGCCGAGCCUGACCCGAGUGGGCGCGAACUUCUACAGCAGCGUCAAGCAGCAGGACUACAGCGCCAGCGUCUGGCUCCGGAGGAAAGACAAGCUGGAGCACUCCCAGCAGAAGUGCAUCGUGAUCUUCGCCCUGGUGUGCUGCUUUGCGAUUCUCGUUGCGCUGAUAUUCUCAGCCGUGGACAUCAUGGGAGAGGAUGAGGAUGGACUCUCAGAAAAAAAUUGUCAAAAUAAAUGUCGAAUUGCCCUGGUGGAAAAUAUUCCUGAAGGCCUUAACUAUUCAGAAAAUGCACCAUUUCACUUACCACUUUUCCAAGGCUGGAUGAAUUUACUCAACAUGGCCAAAAAGUCUGUUGACAUAGUGUCUUCCCAUUGGGAUCUCAACCACAGUCAUCCAUCAGCAUGUCAGGGUCAACGUCUCUUCGAAAAGUUGCUCCAGCUGACUUCUCAAAGUAUUGAAAUCAAGCUAGUGAGUGAUGUAACAGCUGAUUCAAAGGUAUUAGAAGCCUUGAAAUCAAAGGGAGCCGAGGUGACCUACAUGAACAUGACUGCCUACAACAAGGGCCGGCUGCAGUCCUCCUUCUGGAUCGUGGACAAACAGCACGUUUACAUCGGCAGUGCCGGUUUGGACUGGCGAUCCCUGGGACAGAUGAAAGAACUUGGUGUCAUCUUCUACAACUGCAGCUGCCUGGUCCUAGAUUUGCAAAGGAUAUUUGCUUUAUAUAGUUCAUUGAAAUUCAAGAGCAGAGUCCCACAGACCUGGUCCAAGAGGCUCUAUGGGGUCUAUGACAAUGAAAAGAAAUUGCAGCUUCAAUUGAACGAAACCAAAUCUCAAGCAUUUGUGUCGAAUUCUCCCAAACUCUUUUGCCCUAAAAACAGAAGCUUUGACAUAGAUGCCAUCUACAGUGUAAUAGAUGAUGCGAAGCAAUACGUGUACAUUGCAGUCACGGACUACCUGCCUAUCUCCAGCACAAGCACCAAAAGGACUUACUGGCCAGACUUGGAUGGGAAAAUAAGAGAAGCGCUAGUGUUGAGAAGUGUUAAAGUCCGACUCCUUAUAAGCUUCUGGAAGGAAACGGACCCCCUCACUUUUAACUUUAUUUCAUCUCUGAAAGCUAUUUGCACUGAAAUAGCCAACUGCAGUUUGAAAGUUAAAUUUUUUGAUCUGGAAAGAGAGAAUGCCUGUGUUACAAAAGAACAAAAGAAUCACACCUUCCCUAAGUUAAACCGCAACAAGUACAUGGUGACGGAUGGCGCGGCUUAUAUUGGAAACUUUGACUGGGUAGGGAAUGAUUUUACGCAGAAUGCCGGCACGGGCCUUGUUAUCAACCAAGCAGACGUGAGGAACAGCACGAGCAUCAUUAAGCAACUGAAGGACGUGUUUGAGAGGGACUGGUAUUCCCCCUACGCCAGAACCUUGCAGCCCACCAAGCAGCCAAACUGCUCAAGUCUCUUCAAGCUCAGACCCCCCUCAAACAAAACUGCCACCUACAAUGCAAGUGGGAAGGACCCCUCGCGUGUAUAGCCCGAACAAACAAACUGACAGGACACCCUGUAUUUCCCAUUUAUAUAAAAAGGACUUGAGGAGAGAAAAACAAUUUAAUAUGUCUUUUUUAGGGAAAAAGCACACAUAAAAAAUAUUCUCUGAACGAGCUGUACUAAUCCAGUAUCUUAGCGGUGUGUACAUGAAAUUUAAGACUUUUGUAUUUGUUACUUCUGACAGAGAAUGUCAUUUGGGCUUGGAAGUUAGUUUUUACGUUUGCAUACAAAUUUUAAGACUUUGAUGCCUCUUCCUUUCUAGUUUUAGAACUUUUUUCUGCUGACUCUCCUGGUCAGUUCUUAGGAAGCUUAGCAUGAGGUAAGUUCUUUAACACCAUUCUGAGAACUGGAGACGCAGAGACGAGAAGUGAGGGUUUUGCCCUGGAGAAGCGACUGAUCAAACCAAGUACUGGUCCUUGGAAACCGUUUCCAAGACCUACACAGGCAUGUGAGCACGAACAGCUGAUAUCUCUUGUCCGUCUUCAACACACCUGAAAAAUAACCUUUUCGUCCCCUUGUGCAUUUCUUUUGAAUACCAUAACUUUUAUUUUCUAUCAUUUUCUCUUCUCACAAAAAUAUUAUAUAGCUUCCCUAUAUUCACCUAAACAUUAGUUCCAAGUAUGAUUAUAUGCUUUGAAUUUGUAUGAAUGGCUCAGAAUGGAUGCAAAAUGUAAAAAGCAGUCUUUAACUUUCACCCCUCAACUGCAUUUUUCCCUACCAAAUUGAUAUUUUAAAACCAUAGCCAGCAAUAUGUAUCCUUUCUCUCAAGCUCAGAAAAAUUAUGUAGCCACCUGCUAAUACCCAGCAAGCUGUGAAGUCUGCAUUUAUGAGAAUAAAGUAGUUUUUCACAU